GCGCGCGCCGGUGACCCCGGGAGGUAGGGACAUAGGUAGGCGGUUGGACGGUGUCGCGGCUCGCCGCCUACGGUCCCGCGACCCUUCCUCCUUCCCUUCUCCACCCCGGCGCCACGAUGCCGCAGUUCCAGACCUGGGAGGAGUUCAGCCGCGCCGCCGAGAAGCUAUACCUCGCUGACCCGAUGAAGGCGCGUGUGGUUCUUAAAUACAGGCACACUGAUGGGAGUCUGUGUGUGAAAGUAACAGACGAUGUAGUUUGUCUGGUGUACAGAACGGACCAAGCUCAAGAUGUAAAGAAGAUUGAGAAAUUCCACAGUCAACUAAUGCGACUUAUGGUAGCCAAGGAGUCCCGAAGUGUUGCCAUGGAAACAGACUGACUGGUUUAAGAUGAAGACUCAUGUUUUAGGAAGUAAAUAUCUUGAAUUUGAGCAAAUUUUGGAAUAGAACAUGCUUUAUGUAACUGAGUGGGCUAUUCAUUAUCUGAGAUAUCUUUUUUUGUACUUUAUUUUUUGAUGUUUACAGAGCUAGAGUGCAUUUAUUUAUUUUUGGAAAUCGAGCAAGACAUGAAUCUAAGAUUUCAUAUAUUAUGCUGGACAAAAUGCAUAAUUAUUUCUCUGGUAAAUUUGUGUCAAUAAUUUGAAAAGGGGAUAUCAGAACAAGCCACUUUUUUCAUUUAAUCUGUUUAAAAGAAAAUUAAAUGUAAACAUUUUGAUUGUUUGAUAUUUUUUUUUGGAGCAUAACAAGUUGUGCUAUAAUGACCAAUAAAUAUAAAAUAUGCUUACUGGAA